CUGCAACCCGAAACCUCGUCCCCUCUUUCGACGAUCCCACCCACCUCGGCUCUCCGACCAAUCCCGUCGUCCCCGUCUGUACAACUUCUUCGCUGAAGCCACAGCACGACGGUCAGCGUGUAAACAAAGCAACAGAGACAACCAACAAAAUGGAGGCUUCUCUUUCCCUGUUCCGGCCCGCGGCCACCUGCUGCCGCCGCGUCGCGCUCUCCUCCUCCUCCUCCUCCACCCAAAAGACCGCCGUCGCCGGCAUUUCCGUCCGCUACCAGUCGACCGCGAACCGGACAAAACGCAUGCUCAACAUUCCUCCGCACGAGUCCUUCCUCAACGUGCCCGUCGAAGGCGACCGCAUCAUCUUCAACCCUCCCUCGUCCGAGGCCUCGGUCUACCACACGCCCUUCAAGUUCCUCCCGCGCUCCGACCCGCGCCGCCGCGCAAACAUCUACAAGCUCUUCAAGCCCCCUCAAGCCCCCAUCACCACGCCAGAGUCCUCCACCGAUGCCGCCGCCGACCAGCACGGAGACCUACCGCCCGUGCUCUACAACCCCACAAAGUCGUACAACGUCACGCCCGAGCAGGUCGAGGAGAUCCGCGAGCUGCGCGCCAAGGACCCCAAGAAGUACAGCGUCACCUACCUUAGCAACAAGUACAACUGCACAAAGGUGUUUAUCAUGAUGUGCACCCAGGCGCCUCGCGAGCACCAGGAGCAGCACAAGCUCGCGCGCGCCAGGACCGCCGAGAACUGGGGUCCCCGGAGAGCGGCUGCCAAGCUGGAUGCCAGGAGGAGAAAGGAGAUGUUGCAUCGUGGCGAGAUAUAGAUGCGGAUGGACUGGGGUUGGGGAAAACGUUGAAGAAGACGAAGGGGGGGGAGGAAGAGGAAGAGGAAGAAGCUUUCCCAGGGCGGAGGAGGCUGCGGAUGAGGGAGAAAGGAGAAAUAGGGAGCGGCUGGGUCUUCUGGUCUGGUCCGGUCCGGC